AUGGUGGUGAUGGCUGCUAUCAACAGCAAGAACCAAUCUUCAAACCCUGCUUACUCAUCUACCUAUGUCAGCCUCUCAUGCAACUCAGUCGAGUGCUCUCAGCUCAAUCUCCCAACAAGACGCUCCUCAUCAUCUACCUGCGCCUACCUCAAUCGCUACGGUGACGGUUCUCAAUCCAUUGGCUUCCUCUCCGGUGAUACACUGACGCUCUCCUCCUCCCACAUCUUCCUCAACUUCCAGUUCGGGUGUGGUCAGCAGAACGAGGGCCUGCUUGGCAGGACAGCUGGAUUGCUCAGGCUCGGCCGUGAUUCCGUUUCUUUAGUUUCUCAAACAGCAAACCGGUACGGUCGUGUUUUUUCUCACUGCCUUCCGUCUUCAGCGAAUUCGCCCGGACACUUGACUUUCGGCGCAAACACCAUCCCUUCCGGUGCAAAAUUCACGCCACUGCCGGCGGAUCAGAACAGCCAGUCAUUCUAUUUCCUCAUCUUGAUUGGAAUAAGCGUUUCAGGAAAGCCGCUGCCAAUACCGUCAUCGAUGUUCUCAUCACGUGGCAGCGUCAUCGGUUCAGGAACCGUCAUCACCCGACUACCUUCAUCGGCCUAUCGUAGGCUGAGGUCAGCAUUCCAGAAGGAGAUGUCAAAUUACACGUCGGCUACUUCUCCAUCGUCCGUACUUGAAACUUGCUAUGAGUUGGAUGGGGGCGAAACUCUAUCGGUUCCUUCGAUAAUGAUGCAUUUUGAAGGGGAUGUGGAUGUGAAUGUGGACUACUAUGGGAUUAUUUACCAGGAGACUGAGACGGUAGAUGAGGACGACUUCACGAUCAUUGGAAAUAGCCAGCAACUGAUGUUGGAUGUGAGGAUAGAGAAAGGGUAUAAUGGAGAGCAGUAUAGCAGACGGUAUGAUAUUGGUGACGGGAAGGGCUACAAGAGCAAAACGUCUUUCUGGAUUUGA